AGAAGGAAACAAAAAGAGGAUUAUUCAUGUGACACUAAGAUACUAAGGUGUAAAUGCAGGAAAGUGCAUAUAAUAAUCUAAUUCAUCACAUCGGCUGCCUCCAGUCCUGUUGUUUUUAUUAUUAUCAUUAUUGCUUGAUUAAGGUAGAAGAGCCUCUUCUGUGAACCUUCUCAAAGACUCCUAAACAUUUUCAGUUGCUACAACCAUAUAUUUCACUAUUUAUCUGUAUUUCAAACAUAAUUACAGACAGAUAUUCUCUUCAAGAUUUACUAAUCUUUUGUUACAUUUCAUUUAUCUCUUUUUUCAAUUCUUUUGAUUGCAUUUAAAAUUCAUAUUUAAGCUAGAGACACUUUAAUUGGCUAAUAAAGAUUUGAAAUGUACUGAAUUUCACAGCUUAUGCUAUUUUGGUUUCAGACUAAUAACACUGAUGAACCCUCACUUAAAAUUCAUUCCUCCAUUUUCUCAAUUACUCCCUUUUUUUUUGUUAAAAGUUCCAGGUUUCUGGAUGUGCACUUGACAGAGCAUCUCUCCUUGUAUUUCAGCACCACCUGUUUAGCAAAGAAGACCCAGCAGCACCUUUACUUUCUACAGAAGAUGAAGAGACGCAACUGGCAUCAGUCAUUUAAUGGAAUGUAUACAUAUAUGUCUUUUGCUGUUGUUCUACAUGAAGAGGAAGUUUCUUUUCUGGCCACCAUCACAGGUGACUGGAAUACCUAGUUGCCCCAGGAUUAAUAAUGUAAAAAGCACUCACAGAGCCCCUAGCCUUUACAGGAAAUAAGAAAAGUACCGCUUACUCAUACUUAAUGUCUCGACUGCCUUUGGGUAUAAAAUAAAAAAAAAGAAUCUGCUGAAUUCUUUUUGUGCAUAAAUAAAAUACUGUUCCCCUCUGCCACUUUUCCUCUCAGUGGUCCCAGAUCUCUCUGAAGGUGCCGUCGCACUUCGAGAUCCCUCCGCAGGCAACGCUGUGCCAUAAAGUCCCUCUAAAAGCGCCGUCGCACUUCAGGGUCCCUCUGAAGGCGACGUCACUCUUGCACAGUUCCUCCAAAGGCGACGCAACACUUCACAGUUCCUCCAAAGGCGACAACAUGCUUCCAAGCUCCUUUAAAGGCGACGUCAAGCUUCCAAGCUCCUUUAAAGGCACCGUCACGCUCCAAGGGCUCACUGAAGGAGCCGUCACACUUUAAGAACCUUCCGAAUGCGCCGUCAUGCUACAAAGUCUCUCUGAGGCGACAGCGUGAUUCAAAGAUCCUCUGGAAGAAGCCGUCGCACCUCGGACAUUCACAUAGGGUGGCGUUGCACCUCUGCCAUCCACUGAGAGUGCCGUCGCGCCUCAGACAGCCACAGAGGGCACCGUCACGCCACAGAGUCCCACCACAGGUGUCACUGCGCUCCUGAGUCCUACCGAGAGCACCGUCGCACCCCACAGUCUAAUCCAAACCUCUGCAGAGGGCGUCUCUCAGCCUCUGUUCUCUGCCGAGGGCGUCGCUCAGCCUCUGAUCUCCACUGAGGGCGUCGCUCAGCCUUCGAUGCCUGCUAGAGAGGGUCACUUAGCCUCUCACCUCCCCCGAGGGCAUUGCUCAGCCUCUGAUGUCCACCAAGGGCGUCACUCGGCCUCUGACCUCCGCUGAGGGCGUCGCUCUGCUCCCGAGCGCUGACAGGGCGGUUUCUUCGUUCCCAAGCUUUGCAGAGGGAAUCGCUCCGCUCCCGACCUCCACAGAGGGUGUCGCUCAGCCUCUGAUCCCCGCCAAGGGCGUGUCGCUCUGCUCGAGACCUCUACAGAGGGCGUUGCUCCGCCUCAGGUCCUUCCUGACCUUCCCAAGUUCCUUGGUGAUGCGGGCCUGUCCAAGUCUUCUCUAUUCCAGGCCUCCUCCUUCGACUGUGGAUGGGUGGCGAGACCCUCCUCGGCGUGCCCUGGCUCACCUGGCGAGGGUGGGUUUGGGGUGUCGGGAGCCGCCCCUGGAGGGAGGGGGUAAUGUCAGGGAUCCUCCUGCCAUGCUUCCCUCCACGGCUCUCUCUCAGCCUCUCCCGGCGCUAAUCGCAGACACCUGUCCCUCGUUACCUUUCCCCUUUAAAAGGUCCCAGUUCCACCUCACCCGCUUUCGGAUCUACUUGGUUGCUACCGUGAUCUACCGGACCCCUGACCGCCAGCAUUCCCCACUGGUUCUUGAUCCUGGUUCAGACUCUAAGAACUCUUUACGGAUUAUACCCGCUAUAGGGAUCAUAGCCACUAUACGGAUUACACCCUCAAUCAGAAUUCUACUCGCAUUACAGUAGUACUCCUCCUAGACUCUUUGUCUACUGAACGUAAAAUAAAGUAUGAUAGAGUUACUCUCGCUUCCUAUGCGUGGUCACUGCCGUGACACAUGCUCAGAUACAUACAGAAACAUAGUUGUUAAGGAGAAGAAAGAAUAGAAUGAGUUGAGGCACAAUUCAACUGCCUGGUUGCACAAUCAAUUAUACAA